AUUUUUUAUUCCAUAUAAUUGAGAGGUUUUGUAUAAGCAAUUUAAUACUCCAUUAGGAAGUAUUUUGGGAAAAAAUGAUAAUUGAAGGACCUUCGUGAACUUUCAAUUAGGGAUUCUAGCCUUCUAGGUUUGAUUAAACAUUCUAGGUUUUAUGGUUUCCUCAGUAGACGUCGGUCCUGGAAAUUUGAUACAAACUGGGGUUUCAAGGGAAAUUCAAAGAUGAGUGAGGAUUUGAUGGAGAAAGUGAGCGCUUUCGGUGAGAAACUGAGGAUUGGAGGAGCUGAAGUUGGUCGAAAGGUGAGUGCUGGCAUGUCCUCUAUGAGUUUCAAAAUGAGGGAGCUCUUCCAAGGCCAGAACGAGGCCGAUAAGUUUGUCGAGGAAGCGACGGCCGAUACACUUGACGAACCCGAUUGGGCCACCAAUCUUGAACUCUGUGACAUGAUUAAUCACGACAAGAUCAACAGUUUGGAAUUGAUCCGUGCAAUAAAGAACCGGAUCAACAGUUUGAAGAGCCCUAGGGUUCAGUUCCUGGCUUUGGUUUUGCUCGAAACCGUUGUUAAGAACUGCGACAAGGCAUUCUCGGAGGUUGCAUCGGAGAGGGUAGUCGAUGAGAUGGUGAAGUUGAUCGACGAUCCGGACACUCUUGUUGAGAACCGUAACAAGGCUCUGAUGCUGAUCGAAGCUUGGGGGGACUCCUCUGAUGACCUUCGUUAUUUGCCUGUUUACGAAGAGACUUACAAGAGUUUGAAAGCAAGGGGUAUACGCUUCCCUGGCCGGGAUAGUGAGAGUUUGGCUCCUAUAUUUACUCCUCCUCGUUCUGUCACCGCUUCAGAACCAAUUACUAUUGUUGGCCAACAAAAUAAUCACGAUGUGCGUGGAGAAUUCUUUUCAGUUGAACUAAUAAAGGAAGCAUUUGAUGUAGCACGAAACAGUAUUGAGCUUCUCACAACAGUUUUAUCCUCUUCACCUCCACAAGAUGCUUUGAAGGAUGACUUGACCAUCGCACUUGUAGACCAGUGUCAUCAGUCAAAAUAUACUGUCCAGAGAAUCAUUGAGACUUCCGGAGAUGAUGAGGCCGUGCUCUUCGAGGCCUUGAACAUCAAUGAUGAAAUCCAGAAAGUCCUUUCGAAAUAUGAAGAUUUGAAGAAACCUUCUGCAGUUCCAAGGGAACCAGAACCUGCAAUGAUACCAGUAGCUGUUGAGCCUGAAGAUUCACCCAGUGUGGGGACAGAAGAUGGUCUAAUCAGAAAAUCAUCAAGUUCUCGAGCUGGUGGAGUCCAGGUAGGAAACAAGGAUGACAUGAUGGAUGAUUUUGAUGAGAUGGUUUUUGGCAAAAAAACUGGCGGUACAUCUGAAUCCAGGCAGGAUACAAAGAAACAGCAACCUCCAAAAGAUGAUCUGAUCUCAUUUUGAGUUUCUUUCCAUAGACAGAAUUGGUGAUUCCUUUUUCCCUUUGUCAUCGUACAAUUUUGGGAGUUCGCUACUAUUUUUUUCAUGCUUAUUUUUGUAAGUAAUUGAUGUCUGGAUUUGGCGAGAUAAAUUAGCUGCGGAGCCAUAGAAGAAAUGACUAUAUUGAAGUUUUAUAUGUGAUGGAAUUUCUGCAA